CAAAAUGGCGCUGCCUACGACGUAGAACUCGCUUUUCCGGUAGGCUUGAAUUUGGGGAAAUGGUGAAUGAAAGAAGAGGGAGAAUUACAGCGUCAGGGCUGAGGAAGAGCUCCAUCUCCCUUCUGGCUCCCUUUUUAAACUCCCGCCUCGCCACCGGUCUCGCCUCCUUGGAGUGAAAUCAUGAAGGUGGUGAACCUGAAGCAAGCCAUUUUGCAAGCCUGGAAAGAGCGAUGGAGCGACUACCAGUGGGCAAUCAACAUGAAGAAAUUCUUUCCAAGAGGAGCCACCUGGGACAUCCUCAACCUAGCAGACGCGCUCCUGGAGCAGGCCAUGAUUGGACCGUCCCCAAAUCCUCUCAUCCUGUCCUACCUGAAGUACGCCAUCAGUUCCCAGGUAAACCUUUCCAUCCCCUGGCUUUUGGAGAUGGUCUCCUACUCCUCUGUACUCACAGCUAUCAGUAAGUUUGAUGACUUUUCCCGGGACCUGUGUGUCCAGGCUUUGCUGGAUAUCAUGGACAUGUUUUGUGACCGACUCAGUUGCCACGGCAAAGCAGAGGAAUGCAUCGGGUUGUGCCGAGCGCUUCUUAGCGCCCUCCACUGGCUGCUGCGUUGUACAGCCGCUUCUGCAGAGCGGCUCCAGGAGGGACUGGAGGCUACCACUCCAGCCACUGGGGAAAAGCAGCUAGCCUUGUGCCUGCAGUGCCUGGAAAAGACCCUCAGCAGCACCAAGAACCGAGCUCUGCUACACAUCGCCAAACUAGAGGAGGCCUCCUCCUGGACUGCCGUUGAGCAUUGCCUUUUGAAGCUCGGGGAGAUCCUGGCCAAUCUCAGCAACCCCCAGCUCCGGAGCCAGGCCGAGCAGUGUGGCACUCUUAUCAGGAGUAUCCCCACCAUGUUGUCCGUGCACUCAGAGCAGCUGCACAAGACUGGCUUCCCCACCAUCCACGCGCUGAUCUUGCUUGAGGGCACGAUGAACCUGACUGGGGAGAUGCAGCCCCUGGUGGAGCAGCUGAUGAUGGUGAAGCGCAUGCAGCAUAUCCCCACCCCUCUUUUUGUCUUGGAAAUCUGGAAAGCCUGCUUUGUGGGACUCAUUGAGUCCCCUGAGGGUACGCAGGAGCUGAAGUGGACAGCGUUCACCUAUCUCAAGAUUCCACAGGUUUUGGUGAAAGUGAAGAAAUAUCUUCAUGGGGAAAAGGACUUCACUGAGGAUGUCAACUCUGCUUUCGAGUUCCUGCUGAAACUCACACCCUUGUUGGACAAAGCUGACCAGCGCUGCAAUUGUGACUGCACAAACUUCCUGCUCCAAGAGUGUAACAAACAGGGGCUUCUGUCCGAAGUCAACUUUGCCAUCCUUGUGGGCAAGCGCACUGCAGAUCGGGACCCCCAGCUAAAAUCAUCAGAAAAUGCCAACAUCCAGCCCAACCCUGGGCUGAUCCUCCGGGCAGAGCCCACUGUCACGAACAUCCUCAAGACAAUGGAUGCGGACCACUCCAAGUCCCCAGAGGGGCUCCUGGGAGUGCUGGGACACAUGCUGUCCGGGAAGAGCCUGGACUUGCUGCUGGCUGCUGCUGCCGCCACUGGGAAGCUUAAAUCCUUUGCCCGAAAAUUCAUCAAUCUGAAUGAGUUCACUACCCAUGGCAGUGGAGAGAGCACAAAAACAGCUUCUGUUCGUGCCUUGCUCUUUGACAUCUCCUUCCUCAUGCUGUGCCACGUGGCCCAGACCUAUGGCUCAGAGGUGAUUCUCUCCGAGGCAAGCUCAGGAGAAGAAGUACCCUUCUUUGAGACCUGGAUGCAGACUUGCAUGCCUGAGGAGGGCAAGAUUUUGAACCCUGAUCACCCUUGCUUCCGACCAGACUCCACCAAAGUAGAGUCCUUGGUGGCCUUGCUCAACAACUCCUCAGAGAUGAAACUAGUACAGAUGAAGUGGCAUGAAGCCUGCCUGAGCAUUUCCGCAGCCAUUUUAGAGAUCCUCAAUGCCUGGGAGAAUGGGGUUCUGGCCUUCGAGUCCAUCCAGAAAAUCACCGAUAAUAUCAAGGGAAAGGUAUGCAGUCUUGCGGUGUGUGCUGUGGCUUGGCUUGUAGCCCAUGUCCGGAUGCUGGGGCUGGAUGAGCGUGAGAAGUCGCUCCAGAUGAUCCGCCAGUUGGCAGGGCCACUGUACAGUGAGAACACCCUGCAGUUCUACAAUGAGAGGGUGGUGAUUAUGAACUCAAUCCUGGAACACAUGUGUGCGGACGUGCUUCAGCAGACAGCCACACAGAUCAAGUUUCCAUCCACGGGUGUGGACACGAUGCCCUACUGGAACCUGCUUCCUCCCAAGCGCCCUAUCAAGGAGGUACUGACAGACAUCUUUGCCAAGGUAUUGGAGAGGGGCUGGGUGGACAGCCGCUCCAUCCACAUCCUCGACACCCUGCUGCACAUGGGCGGCGUCUACUGGUUCUGCAACAACCUCAUCAAGGAGCUGCUGAAGGAGACUCGCAAGGAGCACACACUGAGGGCAGUACAGCUUCUCUACUCCAUCUUCUGCCUGGACAUGCAGCAAGUGACCCUGGUCCUGCUGGGCCACAUCCUGCCCGGCCUGCUUACUGACUCCUCCAAGUGGCACAGCCUUAUGGACCCUCCUGGCACUGCACUAGCCAAACUAGCUGUGUGGUGUGCCCUGAGUUCUUACUCCACCCACAAGGGACAGGCGUCCUCCCGCCAGAAGAAGAGGCACAGGGAAGACAUUGAGGACUACAUCAGCCUCUUCCCCGUGGAAGACAUGCAACCUUCGAAGCUUAUGCGACUCCUGAGCUCCAACGAGGAUGACGCCAACAUUCUAUCGAGUCCCACUGACCGCUCCAUGAACAGCUCCCUCUCGGCUUCCCAACUCCACACAGUCAACAUGAGGGACCCUCUAAACCGAGUCCUGGCCAACCUCUUCCUGCUCAUUUCCUCCAUCCUGGGCUCGCGCACAGCUGGCCCCCACACCCAGUUUGUGCAGUGGUUCAUGGAGGAGUGUGUGGACUGCCUGGAACAGGACAGCAGGGGCAGCAUUCUGCAGUUCAUGCCCUUCACUACUGUAUCAGAACUGGUAAAGGUGUCUGCCAUGUCCAGCCCCAAGGUAGUACUGGCCAUCACAGACCUCAGCCUGCCCCUGGGUCGACAAGUGGCUGCCAAAGCCAUCGCUGCACUCUGAGGAGCUUGGAGUGGCCUGGAGGGGUCCCAGCCCCAGCAACCCAGCAGGGAGAGUAAGGAUGAGCCCAGGCUGCCCCAUCCAGCAAUGCAAGAAUGCUUUCUCGGCCUGGGGCCCUUCCCCAUUCCUGCCCUCUACUCACGGUGUCCUACCACAUCUCCCAGUUCCUUCCGUAAUUUUCUGUCCUUUCCACCAGUGCUCAAAGACUGUGAACAGUCCUAAUGGUCGCCCCAAUUCUUUGUUUGCUUUUUUUUUUUUUUUUUUGAGCCAGACAGGGGUUGUCUGUGUAGCAACUCUGAACUCUGACUGUCCUGGAACUCCCUCUGUAGACCAGGCUGGUCUCGAACUCACAGAGAUCCGCCUGCCUCUGCCUCCUGAGUGCUGGGAUUAAAGGCGUGCGCCACCACCACUCAGCCGGUUGCACCAAUUCUAGCAGUAGCUGAACUCCAAGGAGGGACUUUGUAGGGCCACAGUGUGUAUAUAAAUUUAUUUUUAUAACUCAUGAGGGGGAGUCCCUCUUGGUUCAUUUGUAAAUAAAGAUCCUUGUGGCUCCUG